UAGUUGCGUGUAGCGUUGAUUUUUCUUUGCUUUUGCCACGCGCGUCUGCUCGCUUUGCCAAAAAAUUUGUUUCUUGGCUUGUGCAGAAUAAAAAAAAAAUGGGAAUUAAAAAACCAACGAGAUGCACAACCGUGUCAUCGAAACAAAAGAAAAAGAAGCAAAUUCCAAAAUGCAAUAUGCAACAAAAGGUGAGCAACGUGAAACAAGAAAAAAGUGGCAAAGCACUGAUUAUUGCCCAAGAGAUUAAGUUUGCUAGGUUACUCGCCAGCAAAGACAAAAAGGUGCGCGAUAAAGUGCUUAAAAAUCUGAAAAAAUGGUUAACUGUUCGCGCCCAGAGUUCUUUCGCAUUUACAGAAGCGGAUUUUGUAAGAUUAUGGAAAGGUCUUUAUUAUUGCAUGUGGAUGUCGGAUAAACCUUUAGUUCAAGAAGAACUAGCAGAAUCAAUCAGCAAAAUAGUACAUUGUUUUUCGUCAAUGAAGACUGCGCUACUUUAUGUUAAAUGUACCUUUGAAAGUCUCUCUACUGAAUGGUUUGGUAUCGAUCGAUAUAGAAUCGAUAAAUUCGAAAUGUUGCUGAGGAGGAUUAUUCGACAGACUUUUGAAAUGUGUAAAAAGCAUGAAUGGAACAAAGAACUUAUUGUUGAAUUUGCAAAGAUAUUGCAAGCUUUUUUGGUUGCUACGGAAAAUUCCCUAGGUCUUAAGUUACAAAUAGUUGAAGUGUUCAUGGAAGAACUCGCCAAAGUAAGUAAUGGGCUAAUUAAUGAAGAUAUAGUUACGGAAUUGGUCAGGCCUUUUGCCGUUUACUUAUCUAGCAUUGAUGAUGCUAGGCAAAUGAGACACAUUGUCAAAAAUAUAUUUAGGUAUUUAAUAUUUCAAUCAAAUAUUGGAAUGGAUUAUCUAGAAAAAUUCGAUGCCUGGAGAAAAGCAGGUUUUCCUUGUGGUGUUAUUGAUGUAAUGAAAAAAGUCGAAUUGUCAGAUAGCGAAACAGAUUUAAAUAACAUUAGUCACAGUUCAGAUGAGGAAAUUGCGGCUGGUCCAUCUGAUGGUCCUCUCGAUCCACGAGCAGGAAGAGUCGACGUUGAAAUUCCACAACUUCCAUUUGAUCCACAAGAAAUAACCAAUUUGCUUCUUGAAUACAGGUUUAUUCCUUCAUCAACAACCAAAUCUCGUCGACAAAUAGUACGACUUGCAAAAGAAUUCACUCUUAUGGCAAAUGGAGAAAUGCCUAUUGGUGUCAAGGAAAUUCAAGUUCCUUUGAAGAAGAAAAGCAUCAAUAAAAAAGCAGCGUUAAAUCUUCUUCAAUUCGAGGAAGAAUUGUAUUUGGAUUCAAAUAAAGCAUUGCGAAAACGAAAACGCAAGAACGAUGACGAUGAUGAUGAUGAAGAUGAAGAUGAUGAGGACGAGGAUGAGGAGGAAACUGUUUCGGAAAUUAAAAGUGUCAAUGGAAAGGAUAAAAACUUGACAACCGAAAAAAUUAUCAACAAGAAACACAAAAUGGAAAAUACCGAGGCAUCGAGUUCUAAUGUAAAAUCGAAGAAAAAGGAGAAAGUCACAAAUUCGGACGCAAUUAUUGUGAAUGGAAAACUAAAGAAAAAGAAGCACAAAAAGAAAAAUAAAGUUUCGGAAUUCGGCACUUGUGGUGAUUGGGAUGUUUCCAGUGCAGAACCAGAGGAAUCUUUAAAUUUUGAAGAAAUACAAAGAAAACAAAAUAGCAUUGCACUGUCAGUUUUAACUGAAUCGUUGAAAAAUUCUAAAUUACCAACAUUGAGGCCUGUUCUCACUAAACUCGAGGAUCAAAAUGGCAAAUUGGGCUGUUUCGAUGUAAAGGCAAAUUUUACACCAAAUAAGAAACGAGUGAAAAUAAUGUUGCAAAAAAAUACGGCACAACAUACAUCAGAAUAUUUUCAACAAAUUCGACAAAGUCCAGCGAUUCCUUAUGACGCUAAUCGAAAACCACGAGCGGGUGUUUUAAAACCAAGUCCUCUGCCAAGCCCGAUAAAUCCCUUUUAUAAUAAAAAAAAUCGCUAAAUUUUAUAGGCGAGAAAAAAAGGGAAAAAAGGCAAUUUUAUUCAAGUGGUCAGUGAUAGCAGUGUCAUUUGAACAUCAAUUAUAUUUUUUUUUUAUCCUUUUUAUCUGUGACUAGUUAAUUUGUACAGAAUCUGGUUACAGAUAUAUUCACAUACACAUAUAUAAUUUUAAUGCAUUAAGUCCUGAUGAUCUUUUACUAUAUUCAUUUUCAUAUCAAAUGCG